AUGUCACUUAACGAGAUCCAGGGCAAACUUGCCCUUAUCACCGGCGCAUCGGGCGGUAUCGGAAGCGCAUGCGCCCACCAACUCGCGCAAAGAGGGGUCCAUCUGGCCCUGACUUACUCCAAGAGCCUGGAACCGCUCAAUGCGCUGGUCAUUGAUCUCCGCACCAAGUAUGCCGAGAACAAGAUUCGCAUCUCGAUUCACCAAGUCGACGUAGGAGAUGCCGAUCAGAUCGAGGCCAUGUUCCAGCAAAUUGACACACAACACGGCCACCGACCGGAUAUCCUCAUCUCGAAUGCCGGGUACGGGAAACGGAUGACCAACGUGUGGGAGAUUCCGCUCGAGGAGUUCGAUUACAUGUUGACUGUGAAUCUUCGCGCUUCAUUCAUCCUGGUUAAGGGCGUGGUUGAGCACAUGAAGGAUCAGCGGUGGGGACGUAUCAUUUUCAUGUCUUCCAUUGCUGGUCAAGGAGGAGGUAUCAACGGAUGUCACUAUGCCGCUUCUAAGGGUGGCCUCACCGGAAUGAUGAAGAACCUCUCCAGCCGCCUGGCCGAGUUUAACAUAAGUGUGAACGAUGUCGCCCCUGCCAUGAUCGGUGAAACGGGUAUGAUCCCGAAUGCUGCGGCUAUUCCAGAGGUCGCAGCUGGUAUUCCUUUGCAGCGCCUUGGAACACCAGAGGAGACGGCUAAUGUCGUGACUAUGUUGGCUACUACAGGAUACAUGACGGGCCAGAGCCUGUUGCUGGCAGGAGGGCUGAAAUAG